CAGGCUGCGUUAGCUCCACUGUAAUGACGUUAGCCUCCUGGAUGUUUUUUUUCCGCCGUUAAUGAUUUUGGAUACCGGGGACCGACAUCUAUGAACCUCUCCGGUCAUCUGAAGCACAACCAUCGAGACCUCCGCGAAGUCAGCUCAGUGUCCCCCACCGGGCGAUCCUGAAGGAAGUGUGGACCCUGCCUGACGCUCUGCUUCUCCUGCCCCCCCCCCCCCCAGUUCUGCCCCACCACCCACUGUCCUGAUUGGGUCGCCGUGCUGCCGGCGGUGGAUUAGAGCACUCUGAUUGGAGGCCUUGCGAGGUGGUUUUUCGGUCUGGCGCCGCCUCCCCCCGGGGCCGGCGUGCGCUCCCAGCAGCCCGUGGUGCCCUGCGCCCCCCCCUCCCCGUCACUGCACACCAGAGCCCAUGCCCAAGGAGGAGGCGCGGUGCGUCCGCCAGGAGCCAUGUGCCUCCCUCACACCAACAACAUGGAGAACAAGUUACAGGGGGCGGCGCAGGGGGGAGGGGCCGCUCUUCGACCACGGGCAGGAGGCGUCCCACUGGAGCCCUUCGUACACCAGGUGGGGGGUCACACCAGUAUGAUGCGGUAUGAUGAUCACACGGUGUGUAAGCCUCUGAUCAGCAGAGAGCAGCGCUUCUACGAGUCUCUGCCUCCAGAUAUGAAGGAGUUCACUCCGGAGUAUAAAGGUGUGGUGAUGGUUUGUUUCGAGGGCGACUCUGACGGCUACAUCAACCUGGUGGCUUACCCGUACGUGGAGAGCAACAUGGAGGGAGGGACGGCGGAGCACGAGGAGCGCGACCCCCCAGAGAGGGAGCAGCCGCGGAGGAAACACUCCCGGCGCAGCCUCCAUCGCUCCUCGUCCUCCUCCGAACACAAAGAGGAGCGGCCCGACAGGAGGGAGUCCCACGACACCGAAACUUCUGAUAACCUUGCAGAGCUGAAGAGUCCCAGGCUCGACCCGAAGAUCCACUCGGACGUUCCCUUCCAGAUGUUGGACUGGAACAGCGGUUUGAGUUCAGAGAAGAUCAGCCACAACCCCUGGAGCCUCCGCUGCCACAAACAGCAGCUCAGCCGCAUGAGGUCCGAAUCCAAGGACCGCAAACUCUUCAAACCAGAGUUUCUGCUGUUGGAGAACGUGGUCCACCACUUCUCCUACCCCUGCAUCCUGGACCUGAAGAUGGGCACCAGGCAGCACGGAGACGACGCCUCCGAGGAGAAGGCGGCCAGGCAGAUGAAGAAAUGUGAACAGAGCACUUCAGCGACGCUGGGAGUCAGAGUGUGUGGCAUGCAGGUGUACCAGCUGAACACCGGUCACUACCUCUGCAGGAACAAGUACUACGGCCGCGGCCUGUCGAUCGAUGGCUUCCGCCAGGCCCUCUACCAGUACAUGCACAACGGGAAGGGUCUGAGGCAGGACCUCUUUGAGCCAGUCCUGAAUAAGCUUCGCAGCCUGAAGGCGGUGCUGGAGAAGCAGGCGUCCUAUCGCUUCUACUCGUCUUCACUGCUCAUCAUCUAUGAGGGAAAGGAGCCUGAACAUGCAACGUUGCACCAGAAGACUCCCGCGGCCCCCGCAGAGCCCCACUGUGGCCCCGGCCCCCACGCACCUCUGGCCCCAGACGCUCCCUGUGAAAAGGGCAUUAGUCAGAACCCAGACCCGGGGUCCCUGUCCUCUCAGGGACCUGGACUGAUGGCUACGCCCUCGUCCUCCCCUCGUCCUCCCCCACAGGCCCCGCCCUCCAAGUCAGACUGCCACUCCUUCCUCCCCCCUCUCCCCUCGCCUCAGCCUCAUCCAGACUCCUUCUCCCCUGCUCCCAAGUUAAGUCCCUGCCCCCCUCCUCCCGCCCCCCGGCAGCCCCCCAUGGUGGACGUGCGUAUGAUCGACUUCGCCCACUCCACCUUCAAGGGUUUCCGCGGCGACACGGCGGUGCACGACGGGCCGGACCGGGGCUACGUGUUCGGACUGGAGAGCCUGGUCAAGAUCCUGGAGAGCCUGCGGGAUGACAACCUGCCGUAGCUCCGGGCACACACACACACACACACACACACACACACACACACACACACACACACACACACACACACACACACACACACACACACACACACACACACACAGCUUGUUGUGAGUCAGUACAGGUCGUAAAGUCAGUGCAGGUCGUGCCGCGGUGUUUUUCUAGAAACAGACGGUUUCGUUGUGAAUAUGGAACACGGUUCUUCAGGACGUCACUAUGGCAACGUGGGCAUUCUACAGUCGAGUAGUUACUAUAGCAACGGCCAUACGGUGGGACAGUGGAGCUGAAAUGGCUCUGCAAAACACACACACACACACACACACAC